AUGGCAAGCGACACAGGCCUGCUCUCACCAUACGGAUAUGGCGAUGAUGCCCGAAGUGCGGCCGCUGGGGCUCAGCGCUCCCGGUUUCCACAGGUGUCACAGGCGGCGACUUUUAUGCCCCUACCCCACGGUCGAAGCGUGCAUCCACCUCCACAUACCCUCCUACAGCAGACGAUUGACAGCACCAACAAUGCACCGUCUCCAACGCCUGCCUAUGUCAGAGGGACCUCAUCCUCAUGGCCCUACCAUGACGCGAAUGUCAACCAGGCUUGGCAUCAACAGGUGCAGCACACCACUCAUGGUCAGCCAUACCGCUUCAUGGAGCCUUUCAAUCGACCUGCACAUUUGCAGGACGUACAACCCAACAAUGAGCAUGAAGUCGGUCAUUUGUCGGAGGCCUCGGGCAAUCACCCAUGUGUUUUAUCCCCCUAUCCACAUCAUGGAAGUCCGUGGGUGACAUUUGAAGAACUUGGACAACAGACAUAUGCUCAACCAUGGCUUAAUGCAAGGGAAAGUCCCACACCCCACGCGGUCAAUGGUUUGGAUCCGGGAAACUCGUACGCCAAUGCACAUACGGUCUCGCCUUCAGUACCACAGAACAACAUAUCGGAUGCUCCGUAUGUCCUCAGUGGUUCUGGAACUCCUGUGCCAACGCCAGUGCAAGGCGGGAGCCCCGAGGCUCCGCCGCACCAUACAUUCCCAGGUUAUGAAACUAGUCGCCACAGCCACUUGGUUGGAGGGGCUCCCGAUGGUCGAACUCGUGCCAGUCCGGUUCAGCAGUCCAUGUAG